CCAAGUCAACUUCUAGUAUGUCAACUACUAGAUAAAAAUAUCAAUUGCCAGAGAACAGAGUGUAUAAAAACAUCUUAAUUGUCAGUUUAGUUACAGCACACUAAAGAAAUGCAGACACUUGUGGCCUAUGGCUUUGUGACCAUGCUAGUGUUGCUAGCUAGGCCAGCUACCACAUCCGACAUUAAGAACGCCAUCGCCAAGGCCAGAGUCAUAACAAAACCAGGAUGCAAGAGCAAGUGUGGGAACUUAACCGUGCCAUAUCCAUUUGGCAUUGGAGUAGGCUCCGGUUGUUCCAUAAACUCUUCGACCUGGUUUGAUGUUAACUGCAACACUUCAUUCAACCCUCCCAGGGCUUUCAUAAGUGAUGGCAAUAUUCAAAUAUUUGACAUAUCAGAUACUCAGAUGCGAGUUGCUAAUGUCUUGGCAACGAGCUGUUACACUUCUACUGGCGAAUUAACUGUUAACAGAUAUGCCUACACAAAUCUUCUAGAUACUCCUUUCAGUUUCUCAAAUUUAAACACUUUUACUGUGGUCGGUUGUGAUGCUUUGGCGUUGAUCAAAGGGUCCGAACAGAGGAACUUCAGUGGCGGUUGCAUUUCUGUAUGCUCCAAACCUGAGGAUAUUCUUGAUUAUGGUUGCUCCGGGAUUGGUUGUUGUCAAACAGCGAUACCAAAAGGUCUAAGUGUGUAUUCAACUAUUCUGGCUUCUUUAAGAAACCAUACUCGGGUUUGGUCAUUUAAUCCUUGUAGCUAUGCCUUUUUGGGUGAGAAGGACAGCUUCAAGUUUCGCGGUGCUUCAGAUUUAUCUGAUCCCACGUUCUUAAAUAGGACGGUGGAUAGUGUACGGAUAGUCCUCGACUGGGUGAUAGGGAAUCAGACUUGUGAUGAAGCUCGCAAGUCAAAUGUUUAUGCAUGUCAAUCAAACACUUAUUGCACUAAUUCAGACAAUGGCUUUAGCGGCUACUUCUGUAGCUGCCUUAAGGGUUUCGAAGGAAAUCCAUAUCUAAGUCCUGGCUGCCAAGAUAUUGAUGAAUGUGCUCAUCCAAACAAAAAUUUGUGCGAGAAAAUUUGCAUAAAUACACGAGGGAGUUAUAAUUGUUCUUGUCCACCUGGAUAUCAUGGCAAUGGUAAGAAAAAUAGCCAGGGUUGUAUAGCCGAGAAUUCCAAGUUUCCGGUGAUCAAAUUCUCACUAGGUACGGGAUGUGGUUUCUUGGCCUUGAUGUUUGGAGUAAGUUUUUUGUAUUCUACCAUCAAGAGAAGGAAACUAAUAAAAGAGAGGGAGAAGUUUUUUCAGCAAAAUGGUGGGGUGUUAUUGAAACAACAAAUUACUUCGAGUGGCAGUGGUGGUGUCGAGUCAUCCACGAGGAUUUUCACAGCUGAAGAGUUGGAGAAAGCUACGGAUCAUUACGCUACUGAUAGGAUUGUUGGACGCGGUGGUUAUGGCACGGUGUACAAAGGAACUUUAGGAGAUGAUCGUGUUGUUGCAAUAAAGAAGUCAAGAAUCAUAGACGAGAGCCAAAUAGAGCAAUUCAUCAAUGAGGUGGUCAUUCUCACACAAGUUAAUCACAGACAUGUGGUGAAGCUCUUGGGGUGUUGUUUGGAGACUGAAGUCCCGUUGUUAGUCUAUGAGUUUGUCGCGAAUGGUACUCUAUUUCAGCACAUCCACAACAGUAGAGGAGUCAUGUGGUUAUCUCUUGAAAAUCGCUUGAGAAUAGCCACAGAAUCUGCUGGUGCACUAGCCUAUCUUCACUCGGCAGCAUCCAUGCCAGUGAUCCACAGAGACGUCAAGUCUGCAAACAUAUUGCUAAACGAGAACUACACCACCAAGAUUUCUGAUUUCGGAGCUUCAAGGCUAGUACCCUUGGACCAAACACAGGUUACUACAUUAGUCCAGGGGACACUUGGCUAUCUGGAUCCCGAGUAUUUCCACACAAGUCAGUUGACAGAUAAAAGCGAUGUUUAUAGCUUUGGUGUAGUUCUUGCUGAGCUCUUAACCGGGAGAAAACCACUUAUGCUUCAAAGUCCUGCAGAGGAGAAGAAUCUUGCAACGUACUUCAUAAUGUCAGUUAAGGAAAAUCGGUUGUUUCAGAUACUCGAGCCACGAGUGGUGAGGGAAGGGAGUUUAGAUCAAUUAGAAGCAGCAGGCAAACUUGUAAAGCGAUGUCUUAGCUUGAACGGUGAAGACAGGCCUACGAUGAAAGAAGUGGCAAUGGAAUUGGAAGGUAUAAGAAAAUACACAAAACAUCCUUGGGCUAAUAACAAUCAUCAACAGGCUCUAAUGAUUCAUGAUGCUGAAGAAUCAACAGACCUGUAUACUGUAUCAUUAGAUACUUACAGCAGUAUCAGGGAUUUCUCCGGACAAGACAGCGUGAUGGACACUAAACAUUUACUAUUCACAGCAAAUGGUCCUCGAUAAAGCAAUUAGUUUAGGAUUUGGAUAUUGAAAUCUUAACCCCUCUGUCGUUCAGAUGUAUCUGAACUUUUGUUGUAUGAUUUCCUGUAAAAGGAAUGCUUUUAAGAUGUUUGUUUAUAUCUCCUAUAUAAGAGAAUAAGGAACCUGAG